AUGACUUUCUUCAAGUACCUCAUCAAUAUGUGGUUAAUCUAAGUUUUUUUAGGUUUUCGAUUCUUUGCAGCUCAAUUUAACAAAGCAAUAUUUUAGAAGUAAUGUCCUCCUUCAUUGUAAUACUUUCCAGGCAUCUACCCUCAUCUCUGUGCAGGUUAAUUUAUUUAUCCUAAGUUAGGUAUUGGAAAAGUAUGCGUCGGAACAACUGAAUUAACUGCAAAGGUUUCUUCCUAUGGGUGUGAAACACUGUGUAAUCCUUAGGUCUAAAGUUACNGA